ACACUGCCCCUCACGUCCCUCUCCUCCUCCUGAGUCCCUCUCGCUCUCUUUCCAGCCCGGUCAACUCCACUCCCUCACUCACACAUACUCACGCACACAUUUGCUCAGGCCUCCUCUCACAUCACCAUGCUCUUCUGGAACCUGGAGCUCGCCCUGCUGCUCAUGACAGCUCCCGCGGUGUCACUGCCUGCCACCAACAUCAGGAUCACGCAAGCCCUACCCCUGCAGCUGCCCGACCCCGCACAGCCGGUCUCCUGCCCCCUAUUCUGGACCGAAUUCGAGGGCCACUGCUACCGUUUUUUCCCGCUGAACCGCACGUGGGCUGAGGCUGACCUCUACUGCGCCGAAUUCUCCAACGGGCUGCGAUCGGCCAAGCUCACGUCCAUACACAGCUGGGAGGAGAACGUUUUUGUGUACGACCUGGUGAACAGCCGCAUACCCGGCAUCCCCACGGACAUAUGGAUCGGCCUCCACGACCGCAGACAGGAGGGUACCCUGGAGUGGACCGACGGCUCGCAUUACGAGUACAGCUACUGGGAUGGGAACCAGCCGGAUGAUGGGAUCCACCGCAUCCCCGCCGAGGAGGACUGUGUGGAGAUCUGGUACCGGCCGAACAGCGCACUGAGGUCCUGGAAUGACAACAGCUGUGAAAAGGCCUUCCCCUUUGUCUGCAAGAUCCCCACCCUGGAAAACUAGCUCACCGAGGGGGCCCCUGGACGCACCUCAGUGGCAGUAUCUCACCUCAGGCUCCCCCCCGCAAGGGUUCCGGCCGCUCCCGGCACGUCACUCCAGACCCCGGUGACCGCUGGGCGCAGGGUCUCUCCAACCAUCCCGCACACACCGCAACCUCCUGUGCUCGACACGCUCCGGAGUGCCCCGGCAUCCACGCGCACCCUGCCGUUGUCGUGGUUACAUCGCCUCUGCGUCACACUGCCUACAGGGACCAUUGCGCAACAGCGAAAGAUUUACUAUUCCCAUCAAGCCAAGAGGAUGAUGACCCCAGGUUCUGCACCAAAGCCCAACACCUUGCCCGCCAAUCCGUUGUUCGUUUCCGCCACGCUGGGACUGUCAUCAUGACGACUGCUACACUGACUCUUUGCAUGUUGUAAUGCACUGUAAACGUUUUUCAGUGUGAACCGAUGUGAUUUGUUGUGCAUCCUCUUAGCUGCUUUCAUUGGAUUCCUGUCUUGUAAGGAAGCAUAAAUGAACUAUAUUUCCUGGUACAUUGUAUUUGCAUCCAGAAGGCUCUCUUAGCCUGCUCCCUGUAGACUCCCACUCUUCAAGUGAAAU